UGGAUGAGCUAGUAAAAGUUGGACGUUAGACCUCGACAAAUGAGGCAUGGCGCGCUGUUUUUCGCGCGGGUUUGACGUUUGAUUUUUAAAGUUAAGUCAAAACCUCAACAGAAAUUAGUAAAUUGUGAUGUUGGUAGCCUGAACAACCUCUUUUGUCAUAAUUGCUGCAUUUUACAGACUUGAAAAGGCAAAAGAAUGCAAAAUCAAGAUCAUCAACUUGUUCAGGGAAAUCCACAUCAGGUUCGUGGGGAUGCUGCAUUCUUGGUGAAUGGAGCCGUGGGAAUGAUGGGCGGUCAGUUUCCGUCAUCCGUUGGCAUGAAUGCUUUAGCAGGAGGUGGUCCAGGGAUGCAAGAUGCAAUGCUGAGUCAAAUGGGAAUCGCUGGUCCGUCCGGAUCUUCUAGGAAUGACCAGAUGAUGGGCGGAGUAACGACUGGAGGGGGAGGCAGCAACAGGAGGGUGGGGAGAGGGGACAGCAGUGAGAUGGCACAGGAUAUAUCGGACGAAGGAGUGCAGGAGACUCUAAGCAAGGAGGUUUUCGCUACCUACAAGAGCACAGAUCUCAUUCCUGGGGCCAUAGUUCACCCAGGAGAUAUCGUAGAGGCUGCCUCCCUGGCUGCUGUUCCGCUACCAAAGGCGACCUAUGACCUCGCAGCUUCUAUCCCACGUGAACUCAUCACAGGAGGUAAACUUAGUCGCCUCCAACUGGAAGGAAUCUUGUAUGCAUGCCAGCGUCAUCAGAAGAUCUUGCCCAAUGGUAACCGUGCUGGAUGCUUCAUUGGGGAUGCAGCAGGGGUCGGCAAAGGGAGACAGAUUGCUGGUAUCAUCUUAGACAACUAUUGCCGCAGUCGUACCAAGCACAUUUGGUUCAGCAUAUCAGCAGACUUGAAAGUCGAUGCACAAAGGGACUUUCAUGACAUUGGAUGCCACAUCAAAGUCAUUGAAGGAUGUCAACAACUAGACAAAGAAACAAGAGUUCUUGGUUUACCCAAGGAUUUUCAACAGGGUGUUAUCUUCAGUACCUAUGCAACUUUGGUUUCAUCAACACAGAAAGGAGGAUCCUGGGGCUCAGCACGUCAGAGUCGCUUGGAGCAGUUAAUCCGAUGGUGUGGCGGGACGGACUUCAAUGGUUGCCUGGUCUUUGAUGAGUGUCAUAAAGCCAAGCAUUUUAUACCAGGCAAGGAAGAUAGGAGUACUAAGGUUGCAGUUGCCGUGACUACCAUCCAGAGAAUGCUCCCACAAGCUAGAGUCCUAUAUUGCAGUGCAACAGGAGUAACCGAUGUCAAAAACAUGGCUUUCAUGGAGCGUCUUGGGAUGUGGGGUGAUGGCGCAUCCUUUGAAUCAUUUGAGAAAUUUCUGGAGGCCAUCACCAAACGAGGAUUAGGUGUUGCCGAGAUGCUGGCCAUGGAGAUGAAGGCAUCCGGGAUGUACUUGUCUAGAGGGCUAAGCUUCAAACAGGCAGAGUUUGUUACCGUGGAGAUGGAUCUGACAGAGGAGCAGGUAAAGAUGUACGACACUGCAGCUCAUGUCUGGAAUGAGUUGAAGAAUUCCCUGGAAGCAGCCCUCGGACGCACCAACUCGGGCUCCCCUCGCAUCUGGUCCUUCUUCUGGUCCUGCCAUCAACGAUUCUUCAAACAGCUGUGUCUUGGAGUGAAGGUACCGCGGAUUGUCGGAGAAGCCAAGAAGGCUCUGGAGGAAGGAUACUGUGUCGUGAUUGGCCUGCAGAGCACUGGCGAGGCCAGCCUGGACAGUGAGAUGACCAAGACAGGUAGCGGUCAGUCAGGCUUCGUCUCAGUAGCGCGAGAAAUUCUUGUCCGCUUCAUCAAUCAACACUUCCCAACCCUCGUCAUCUCGGACACAGAGGCAGCUCGUGAUGACGACUGGAGCAAGACUGCCAAGACUAUGCUCCUGGAGUUUGCCAAGGAAAUGCCGCUUCCUAAUAGUCCCCUUGAUGACAUCAUAGAUCAGCUGGGCGGGGCCUCGGCUGUUGCUGAAAUGACGGGGCGUAAAGGUCGCAUGGUGCGGGACGGUCCCAACGCCCAGGCCCGAUAUCAGCCACGUACCCCGGCUGACUCCUUUGAUGUGAACAGUCUGAAUGUGCAGGAGCGGAAUAGCUUCAUGUCGGGCAAGAAGUUAGUUGCCAUAAUUUCAGAUGCGGCCAGUACGGGUAUUUCUCUGCAUGCAGACACCAGAGUUAAGAAUCAGCGUAGGCGAUUACAUCUGACUAUUGAGCUCCCAUGGUCAGCUGACAAAGCUGUGCAACAAAUGGGACGAUCUCACAGAUCCAACCAGACCAGUGGCCCACUUUACAAACUUCUCACGACAAAUCUUGGCGGUGAGAGGCGGUUUGCAGCAUCCGUAGCACGCAGGCUUCAGACUUUAGGUGCAUUGACCCAGGGUGAUAGAAGAGCAGCCACAGGAGCUGACCUGACACAGUUCAACUUUGACACGCCCUACGGACGCUCCGCGCUGCGCACCAUGUAUACGUCCAUAUGUAACAAUGAGUUGGCUGCAGGCGUGGCACUAUCGUCCAUCUCACCAGAAAAACCAGACGCGGACUUCAGCGAGCUGAAUGCUGAGCUACAGGAGUGUACCUCUAUCAUGGCUGUCAUGGAGACCUAUGCCUCCAUCGGCCGCAAAGUGAACGACAAAGACAGUACAGAUGUAAGCCGGUUCCUGAAUCGAAUUCUGGGCCUCCGUGUGGAAAGACAGAACUUGAUUUUCAACUAUUUUUAUGAGUGCCUUCAAGCUGCUAUCGCCAGGGCGAAAAAGGAGGGAAAGUACAGUGAAGGUCUUGUAGAUAUCAAUGCAUCCUCUGUUGAGAUGGUUUGCCCACCCAAGACAGUAUUCAAGGAAGCGAAUACAAGCACACCAACACAGCUUCUGUCCCUGUCUGUUGACCGGGGCCUGAGCUGGGAGGCAGCUUUGGAGAGAGCGGAGCGAUUCACCGGUAAGCGUGACGGCUUCUACUGCUCCAAACGAGAACAGUUUGGGAAGAAGCUGUACGUCCUAGCAACACAAAAGGAAGACUCCACACAUCACUUCAAAAUAGCAAGGCCCAAUACUGGCGUUUCCCCCUACGAUGAGGACUAUGCUGACCUGACAAUGAGAUACAAACCAAUCAGCAAAGACGAAGCAGAGGAUGGUUGGAAGGAACAGUAUGAAGCCACCAAAGAUAAAUGCAUGCAUGGAUCUCACUGCAAGAACCCUGCCACCUGCAUGAUUGGUUCUCGGCUGCAUCGCAUGGAUCUGUUGUGUGGAGGCAUUGUGACUCUGUUGUCUACACUUGAAGCCACUGUUGCUAAACAUGCGCAGAAACUAGACCUGAGUAAGGCCAGCUACAGCAUGCGAGUGGUGCGAGUGGCUUUGAGCGACGAGAAACGAGUCAUCGGGAUACGUUACCCAGAGUGCUUAGUGGAUAUUGCGGAGGAAGAGUUACGCGAAAAGAAAGUCAUUGAAGCAUUGCAGGCGAAGCUACGACAGAAUGCUGCAAAUGGAGCUGUGAUGACCUCGGUCGGCCUUUCCCAUACACCCAAGCUUGCCGUGGUUGAACCCGAAUCACCGGUUAAUCCAAAACUUGUCAAAAAAGCCAUGACUGCUCCAGUCACCCUGAACACCUUCUUCAAAACCACCCCUCGAUUUGACAAUGGAGAGUCCAAGAGCUCAUCUCCCUCACCUUCAGAUGACAAGAAAAAAGACAAUACCACUAGUGCUGCAGGGAAGGUGAAACAGAGAGGCGCCAAACGAGGUAGGCCCAAAAGUACAAGGUAUUCCCUCAGGGGCCAGGAUAAGGAAACAUUGGAAUGUUCCAAAAAUGAAGGCAGUGAUGAUGACUGCUGUAUUGUGACUGAAGAUCAUACAAGUACAACCCCUCAGACUCCAAAUGGUACGGACCAACUCAAAGAUUGUACACUGAAGCAGGAUGGUACUGGAAGCAUCAUGGACCAUUCCACUGGAAAAGUGGGGGAGCAACCUGAAGAUGUCAAAAUGGGAGUUCCUGAGGAUCUGGCUAUUCCAUCACCACACAGCACUGUGGGUGAACUACCCACUGUUGAUGGCAGUGGAUCAGUCCAGCAAGUCUCCAACUCGUCAACCGUCCAAUCAAACUGUCCCGGGACCAAGCGCCCCUUGCAAGACGCCAAUGGUCGCCCAGCCGACACAGCGAGUCAACCGGCCACCAAGAAACAGAAGUCAGCAAACAGGCUGUUGGAAACCACCACCAAGCAGGGCUUUCUGGGGAAACUAACGUGCCCAGUCUGUAACAAGGAGUUCCCUACCGGGACAUGGAUAGCGCAGUUGAAUAAGCACAUAGAUGCCUGCCUGACGGCGUGAUUUGGAAACUUUUGUAGUAGUCGUUCUGUCACUUUAUAUCCCAAACUCUGCACAGUUUCUUCACUUUGUUGAGUGCUUUACACUUUCUUUUAUACCAUAUUUAUUAGAAGUCCAACAUCUGGAUUUUCUUUCAUUCAGAGUGGUGGACAAUCAAAAUGGUGGAUUUUUAGACAAAGUUAAUGGAGAAAAGAUUGGGGAAGUUAAAGGUAAUUUUGUGACACAAGAUUAAAUUUUGAGGAGAACUUGGCCCCAGCUAUGCAUACUUUCUUUAACUUUACGUGAUAAAUUUGCAUAAUUUUCACAUUUUUUGGGGGGGAAACAACUUGAGUCAAGUUGCACGUGUAAAAUUGCAAUAUCUUUGUGGAUAAACCCUAAAAUUUGCCAAGAUCCGUAAAUUGUAAUUCUGGGUAUUUCUCCCCUGGAUCGUUCGGAUUUUAGAAGUGAGAAAAACAUGUCUUGAAUUCUUUUGGACUUCUUUCUGUGCCAAGAGAGUUCGAAAGCAGUAAGGGUUUUUCCACAGUUUUCAAAGGUGCUUGCUUAACAGAAUAAGACCAAAAAGACAUCUUUUUAUAUUUUUUGCAAAGUAUUUAAUGAUAGAUAGAUGAUUAAUUAGUAAUAUAAAUAACUACAAAGUAAUACUUAAUUUCAGUAUAAAUAACUACAAACUAUUGAAGACAUUUAUAAUCUGCAUUUUAUUUUCAGAACUUCUUGCUUGUUUUUUUUUCAGCAUUUGAUAGCACUAUGCAUCUAUUUCUUCAAUUAUUUUGAGCGGAAUGCAAAAGACUUUUUGAGACAUUUUUUCUGUAAUGUGCCUCUCAUUCUGCAUAUUCCAUGACCUUAAAAUGGCUUAUAUAGAGAGAUGCUUCAAACUUUGAAGAUAUCUAAAAUUAAAGAGUCACUAAAAAACAUUUAGUGAAAAUCUCCCUUAGUAUAUAAGUUAUGAGAAAAGGCACACAGAAUCCAAUUAAUUAAUAAAUUGCUAAGCACUCGUAUUAAAAGCAGCUUUUUGUGCUGAUAACUACAUACAGCAACCUUCACAUUUUGAGACAAUGAAACAUACAUUGACACAGUUGUGAAACACCUGUCCCUUUUAUGAAAACUUAACAAAUGCUACUACAGCCCGGUUCAUACUUCACGCGAAAGCGAAAGCGAAGCGAAAUUCGUCCACCAUUGUUGACGACAUGGAUUUCGCUUUGCACUUGCUUUCGCGUAAAGUAUGAACCGGGCUUUAUGAUCUCAAUGUUAACUUGUAAUGUAAACCUUUCUUUUGGAAUGAGCUGAAUUUUUUAAGGGUUAUCAGAAUAAAGCAUUACUUAUCGAACAAUAA